GCCCGUCGGAAUUGACAAUGUUAUUUGCAGGACGAUGAACAUUGGCAUGAUUUUCAUCGGCCUGUCAAACCCAGUUCUGCUGGCCGGCCCACCGCUUCUGUCCUCCGUCUGGUUCCCCCCUCACCAAAGGACCACCGCGACAGCUAUAGCCUCACAGUGUUCCUACCUGGGCAUAGCAAUGUCGUACUUUGUGGGCCCUCAGGUUGUGAAAAACCUGGGCAUUAGGAACACGAGCACCAUCGAACCAGCCAAUGAAAACGGUGCCAUUGUGGAAACCGAUUUGCUACCCAAUCUCCGUCAGAACUACUGUCAAAUCAUGGACCUCAUGUACAUAGAGCUGGCUGUCUCAGCCGUCCUGUUGAUUUUCGUGUUCAUGUCUUUUCCCGCUAAACCACCCUCUCCGCCCAGCAACACUGCAGAAAUUCAGCGGAAGAAUUUCAAGGAAGGCGCACUGAUACUUGUCAAGAAACACCAGUUCUGGAUCCUCGGCUUUGCUUAUGGUUUUAGCAUGGGCAUUUACGGAGCAUGGAGCACCAUGUUAGAUCCGAUAUUCGAGGAAACCUUGGGAGUUGAACAGCUCACUACCGGAUGGAUAGGUGUCACUUCCAACAUUGCUGGAGCUAUUGGCGGUCUCCUCUUUGCUAGAUGUGCGACCUACGUUGGCGGUAGGAUGAAGUGCCUGUUGAUGAUCCUCUGUGCGGGCGCUUCACUGUCUUGUCUGUGGAUCAUUUGCUUAAGCAACAAAUGGAUCACCUUUAAUAUCGAGUCUUUAUUCGCCGCUUGCACCCUGUACGGGUUUUUGGUAAACGCCACCGUACCCAUCUUCUACGAGAUGGCGGUAGAGGAAAUGUAUCCGGUGGCUGAGGGUAUUACCACUAUGGUCAUCGUGCUCCUCAACCAGAGCUCCGGCCUCGUCUACGUAUCUAUCAAACUGAUCCCACAAGUAGGUGCCGAAUGGAUGAACUGGGUGGCAUUUGCUUCGGUUGCUGUGUGCCUGCCGUUGCUUCUGGUUCAUAAAGAGCGCCACAACCGACUGAAUCUUGACUUGGAUGCUAACUUUAACACCACAGGGGAAGACAACCAAAAUAUUACGGCUUGA